UGGAGUCACGUGAUUGGAGUAACAUGGCCGCCGCCCCUUGAGUCCGGCGGGGAUGGAGCGGGAGUGAGCGGCGUGAACCGUUCGACAGCCCCGGGGCAGGUGUGCGGAGUGGGGGUCCAGUCUCGGCUCGUGAGGCGGCGCGCGGCGGCGGAGCGAGACAGGCGAGCCCGGGACGGCGUGGUCAAUGAGCCGGAGCCGUAGGCAGCGCCGAGCCGCAGACUCCCCCGGCUCCGGCAAUAACCGGGCAGCCGUGGGCUGAGGGGUCUCAGGGCUCCGGGGAUCGUCCCCCCACGAACUGCCAUCAUGAACCCCGAGAAAGACUUUGCGCCGCUGACGCCUAACAUCGUGCGCGCCCUCAACGACAAGCUGUACGAAAAGCGGAAGGUGGCCGCGCUGGAGAUCGAGAAGUUGGUCCGGGAGUUCGUGGCCCAGAACAAUGCUGUGCAAAUCAAGCAUGUGAUCCAGACCCUGUCUCAGGAGUUUGCCCUGUCUCAGCAUCCCCACAGCCGAAAAGGUGGCCUCAUUGGUCUGGCUGCCUGCUCCAUCGCGCUGGGCAAGGACUCAGGGCUGUACCUCAAGGAGCUGAUCGAGCCAGUGCUGACCUGCUUCAAUGACUCGGACAGCAGGCUGCGCUACUACGCCUGUGAGGCCCUCUACAACAUCGUCAAGGUGGCCCGAGGUGCCGUGCUGCCACACUUCAACGAGCUUUUUGAUGGCUUGAGUAAGUUGGCUGCUGAUGCAGACCCCAAUGUGAAAAGUGGCUCUGAGCUCCUUGAUCGCCUUUUAAAGGACAUUGUGACUGAGAACAACAAGUUCGACCUGGUGGGCUUCAUCCCCUUGUUGCGGGAGAGGAUUUACUCCAACAACCAGUACGCACGGCAGUUCAUCAUCUCCUGGAUCCUGGUUCUGGAGUCUGUGCCAGAUAUUAACCUGCUGGAUUACCUGCCAGAGAUCCUGGAUGGGCUCUUCCAAAUCCUGGGUGACAACAGCAAAGAGAUUCGGAAAAUGUGUGAAGUAGUCCUGGGAGAAUUUCUGAAAGAAAUCAAGAAGAACCCCUCCAGUGUGAAGUUUGCUGAGAUGGCCAACAUCCUAGUGAUCCACUGCCAGGCCACAGAUGACCUGAUUCAGCUGACAGCCAUAUGUUGGAUGCGGGAGUUCAUCCAGCUGGCUGGCCGCGUGAUGCUGCCCUACUCUUCUGGGAUCCUGACGGCUGUCUUGCCCUGCCUCGCCUAUGACGACCGCAAGAAAAGCAUCAAGGAGGUAGCCAACGUGUGCAACCAGAGCCUGAUGAAGCUGGUCACCCCUGAGGAUGAUGAAUCCGAUGAGCCCAAGUCAGUGGCACCAAGGCCACCAGAAGCCACCCCCGAUGACUCUCUGGCAAAUCAGGAGGGGACAGCCACUGGAGGGCCAGAAGGCUCCUGCGACUCCAGCUUUGGCAGCGGCAUCAAUGUUUUCACUGCAGCCAGUCUCGCCCACAGUUCUGAAAGGACCCCGGUGACCCUUCACCUCGACGGCAUUGUACAGGUGCUGAACUGCCACCUGAGUGACAUGGCCAUCGGGAUGAUGACCAGGAUCGCUGUCCUCAAGUGGCUCUACCACCUCUACAUCAAGACACCCCGGAAGAUGUUCCAGCACACAGACAGCCUCUUCCCCAUCCUGCUUCAGACCUUAUCCGAUGAAUCUGACGAGGUUAUCCUGAAGGAUCUGGAAGUGUUGGCAGAAAUUGCUUCCUCCCCUGCAGGCCAAACAGAUGACCCAGGCCCCCUUGAUGGCCCUGACCUCCGGGUCAACCACUCAGAGCUUCAGGUGCCCACACCUGGCAGAGCCGGCCUGUUGAACACUCCUGGUACCAAAGGCCUAGAAUGUUCUCCUUCCACCCCCACCAUGAACUCCUACUUUUACAAGUUCAUGAUCAACCUUCUUAAGAGAUUCAGCAGUGAACGAAAGCUCCUGGAGGUCAGAGGCGCAUUCAUCAUCAGGCAGCUCUGCCUCCUGCUGAACGCCGAGAACAUCUUCCACUCGAUGGCUGACAUCCUGCUCCGGGAGGAGGACCUCAAGUUCGCCUCCACCAUGGUGCAUACCCUCAACACCAUCCUGCUCACCUCCACCGAGCUCUUCCAGCUGCGGAACCAGCUCAAGGACCUGAAGACUCUGGAGAGUCAGAACCUGUUCUGCUGCCUGUACCGCUCCUGGUGCCACAACCCAGUCACCACGGUGUCCCUCUGCUUCCUAACCCAGAACUACCGGCAUGCCUAUGACCUCAUCCAGAAGUUUGGGGACCUGGAGGUCACUGUGGAUUUCCUUACAGAGGUGGACAAGCUGGUGCAGCUGAUCGAGUGCCCCAUUUUCACAUAUCUACGCCUGCAGCUGCUGGAUGUGAAGAACAACCCAUACCUGAUCAAGGCCCUGUAUGGCCUGCUCAUGCUGUUGCCACAGAGCAGUGCCUUCCAGCUGUUGUCACACCGGCUCCAGUGUGUGCCCAACCCCGAGCUGCUGCAGACCGAAGACAGUCUGAAGGCAGCCCCCAAGUCACACCAGGCCGACUCUCCUAGUAUUGACUAUGCAGAGCUGCUACAGCACUUCGAGAAGGUCCAGAAGAAGCACUUGGAAGUGAGGCACCAGCGGAGCGGACGAGGUGACCACCUGGACCGCAGGGUUGUUCUCUGACAUGCACAUCAGGGAGAAGAGCCCAAGGAACGGUCCUGUGAUACACUUGGGGUCUUUAGGUCCCUUCCCUGGAAUCUUAAGGCCCUACCUCAAGGGCACAGCUGAUGAGCCUGGCCACCAGCCUAGGGCAUGAUGGUGUGAAUGUGGGCUGAUGUUCAGACAGAGCUGGCUUCCCACCAGGGUGGGACCGCCUACCCUCUGGAGUGGGUCACUUUCUAACUCCCUCCUAGCCCACCAGCACUGCAACCUCUGUGCGUGUGUGUACAGACCUGUGUGCACCCAGUGUCCAAGCCCUAAUAAAGUCAUGACAGACGACUCUCAA